AUGGCUUCUCCAGCACAUCGUACCGCAGGCCUACGCCGAAAUCGCGCUCCCAAAGUGAUUCCAUGUUCCAUCGAGGGUUGCUCCAAGUUUUUCCGAUCACAAUCCGGCCUCACUCAGCACUUGAGCUGGCAUGCAAAGCAGCACGCUGAAGAGCAACCCAAUCAUUUUCCCUUCUCACCAACUCACGCACCGGAACCGAUAUACAACGACAAUGAUACUUCCGAUUUUUCACUAGACGACACAAUUUUUUCCGAUGAGGACAACAGAUCAAACUCAUUUUUGGACUUAGAGUCUCGCUCAACAGACCCAGACCCAGACUCAGCAUCAAGUGCUGCCGAUUCCGAGGAAGAUGUCGAGAUUGAGACAGAUGCCGAGACCGCAUUUAAUGCAGGGGCUUCAAAGCACUUCCACCCCAUCAUUAAUGGGGCUCCAUGUACUGCCAAAGGCGCCUUUCUUCCUCCCAACGCGUCGCCACAGCCUCGAAAUAUUAGACCGGAUGAUGACUGGACCCCCUUUGAAAGCCGCAGCGCGUUUGAAACCGCUGACCUGCUUUUUCGGCGUGUUCAAAUGCGCCAGGAGCGUAUCGACGACCUAAUGAACAUAUGGAAUCAAACAGGGUCUGCACCCUUUGCCAACCACAAGGCGAUGUUGGCAACAAUCGACUCUUCUCCCCUCGGCGGCGUUCCGUGGCAAUCAAUUUCCAUAUUCUACCAAGGCGCGAAGCCAGCUACAGACAUCCCCCAGUGGAUGGAUGACGAAAACACUGUCUGGUUCCGCGAUCCCCGGGAACUUGUCAAAAACAUCGUUGAUAAUCCCGAUUUUGAAGGCGAGUUUGAUUAUGCAGCAUACCGCGAGUACGACGAUAGCGACGAGCGCCGGUACAAGGACUUCAUGUCCGGUGAUUGGGCCUGGAGACAAUCUGACAUCAUAGCCAAAGACCCUAAGACAAAGGGUGCCGUCUUUGUCCCGGUUAUCCUUGGCAGCGACAAAACAACGGUAUCUGUCGCAACGGGCCAAAAUGAAUAUUAUCCCCUCUACCUCUCCAUUGGCAAUAUUCACAACACAACAUGCCGAGCUCAUCGUGACGGAGUAGUGCUUGUUGGAUUUCUCGCCAUUCCUAAAACCGAUAAAGAACACGCAAAUAGUACAGCCUUCCGAAAAUUCCGCCGCCAGCUUUUCCAUUCUUCACUUUCAUAUAUCCUUCAAUCGCUUCGCCCAGGCAUGACGACUCCCGAGGUCUUGCGCUUUCCCGAUGGCCAUUUUCGACACACUAUCUUUGGGCUUGGCCCCCAAAUGUAUGUCUCAUCCCGACGACCUCGAUGUGGAAGCCCUUCCCCGAACUCGGGAUCAUUCAGAUGCCAUUGCACAGAAUCUCGAGCUUGGUCAGGCUUGGGAUGA